UUUGAUCUUCUUGUAUUUACUAAUUUGCGGUUGCUUUGUCAAUAUUUGAGGGAAUCGAAACUGGAACUGGGAUUUGGAUACUAAGUUUCAUUUUGUUUUGGUUUAAAUCGCUCGGUGCUUGUCUCUGUGAAAGGUUUUGUAGCAAGGUUCUUACUUAGAAUUUAAGGGAAAGGGUUGAAAUUUAAAAAUAAAAAUAAAAAUUAUUCUUCUAUUUAAUUCACUGAUUGGGGUAUUAACUUUGCUGGGUGUUUGUUCGGAUUUGAUUUGGAUAACAGAGAAAAAAUUUCGAGUUUUGUGUCAAUUUGGUAGUUCUAGGAUGAAGGACUAUUUUGUAAUUGGACUGGAUUUCGUCACUUUGGUUGCAAUUGAUAAAGGUUCCUUCUUUUUUCUCCUUUGAAAGUUGUUCUCUGGUAAUUGUGAUUUUUCCUUGUGCUUCGUUUUUUGGUUUCUUAUAUUUCAGUUAGAAUUCGUAACGAUGGAUUUGAAGACCAUGGAUGAAGAUGGAAGGGUUGAGACAGCUGAGAAGGUCCAGGUUCAGGAGGGGGGCCUAGGUUCGAAAGUAAUGGGUGUUGGAAAUAUUAGUAGCAAAGAUGUAUUUUUCAGAGCUGAUAAGAUAGAUUUGAAGAGCUUGGAUAUCCAGCUGGAGAAGCACCUUAGCAGGGUGUGGUCGAGGAACACGUUGGCACCGAAGCCAGCGGAAGAGUGGGAGAUUGAUUUAUCUAAAUUGGACAUAAGAUAUGUAAUAGCUCGUGGGACUUAUGGUACUGUCUACCGAGGCAUCUAUGAUGACCAGGAUGUUGCUGUGAAGAUAUUGGAUUGGGGAGAGGAUGAUAUCGCAACAACAGCUGAAAUCGCUAGUCUCCGGGCAACAUUUCUACAAGAGGUUGCUGUGUGGCACAAGCUUGACCAUUCAAAUGUUACAAAGUUUGUUGGAGCUUCAAUGGGAACUUCGAAUCUUAAGAUUCCUUCAAAGAAUUCUUCAAGUGAUGGUCAUAAUUCUCUUCCUGCCAGAGCAUGUUGUGUUAUUGUGGAGUAUCUUCCAGGAGGCACACUAAAGCAGUUUUUAAUAAGAAAUAGGCGAAAGAAACUUGCCUUUAAAAUUGUGAUUCAACUUGCUUUAGACCUCUCUAAAGGUUUGAGCUAUCUACAUUCCAAGAAGAUUGUACAUCGAGAUGUUAAGACUGAAAAUAUGUUGCUAGAUACUCAAAGAAAUCUAAAAAUCGCGGAUUUUGGUGUUGCUCGUGUUGAAGCUCAAAAUCCAAGGGACAUGACUGGUGAAACAGGUACCCUUGGGUAUAUGGCCCCAGAGGUACUCGAUGGUAAACCUUACAAUAGAAGAUGUGAUGUCUAUAGCUUUGGUAUAUGCUUAUGGGAAAUAUACUGUUGUGAUAUGCCAUAUGCUGAUCUUAGUUUUACUGAAGUGUCAUCUGCAGUGGUUCGACAGAAUUUGCGACCAGAAAUCCCUAGAUGUUGCCCAAGCUCAUUCGCAAAUAUCAUGCGAAAAUGUUGGGAUGCAAAUCCAGAAAAACGCCCGUACAUGGAUGAAGUGGUGAGAUUGUUAGAAGCAAUUGAUACGAGCAAGGGAGGAGGCAUGAUACCUGAAGACCAGGUUCAUGGUUGCUUUUGUUUUAACAGUGCUCGUGGUCCGUAAUUCUCUUCUCUUUCUUUAUCUUUUUACGUAUGUUGGUAACUGAGCAAUGGGGGCAAUGGAGCAGUUCUCUUGAUCGCAGGCAAUGACUCGUAGUUGGUCAAAAUUUCAAAUUGCAGCUUGUCAAAUAGACUCUCAUUGUGUACAGAGUAUAAGAUCCUCUAGUAGGUGAACAAUGAUCAUUGAAAAGGUUUUAUAAGUUUGUAGUCU